UUUUGACUGUUGCCUCUAUUAAAGCUUUACUGAUACUGCAGAUUAGAGACUACCAUGAAAAAUAAACAAGUUUAUCUAAUGCUAACUUUUUGAUGAAAAGAAGAUGAGAGAAGUAGUCCACAACACAAACUGUAUCAUAGUCGCAGUUUUAACUAAUUGGCAACAACUGAUAUUUGAGUCGAGUAUAUCACAUACAUUUUGUAAAUGUUAGUGGUACACUAUUGAGUGAUAAGUUGUGUUAGUAACAACAUAUAUGAUGGCACAAAACAGUGAAAAAAAACUUUACAAUUGUAUUUCAUGUAACAAACAGUAUCACCGAAAGGACCACUUUCAAACGCACUUGAAAACUCAUACUCAAAAGAAAAAAACAUACAAAUGUGAAAUUUGUAAUAAAGAGUUUAGAAGCAGGACUAGUAUACCACCACACAUGAGAAUACAUAAUGGUGAACGACCAUAUAAAUGUGACAUAUGUGGCAAAGAUUUUAUUUAUGGAAAUGCUUUAAAGAUGCACAUGAGAAUACAUUCUGGUGAAAAACCAUAUAAAUGUGAUGUAUGUGACAAAGAGUUUAGUGAUAGUAGUAAAUUAUCUAGACACAUGAGAACACAUACUGGUGAAAGACCUUUAUACAAAUGUGGUGUUUGUGGUAAACAGUUAAGACAGAGAGAUUUUUUACAGAAACACAUGCAAAUACACACUGGAGAGAAACCAUAUAAAUGUAAUGUAUGCAAUAAAGACUUUGCACAGGAUAAUUAUUUAAAGGCUCAUAUGAUUAUACAUUCAAGUGAGAAACCCUUUGAAUGUGAUGUCUGCAAUAAGUGUUUUGCUCGCAAAUUGAACUUAAAAAUCCACAUGAGAUUACAUACAGGUGAUAAACCUCACACAUGUGAGUUUUGUGGUAAAAAGUUUAAUCAAGGUUCUGACUUAAAGUCACACAAGAGAAUACAUACUGGCGAAAGGCCAUAUAAAUGUGAAGUUUGCAACAAAACAUUUGGUUGGAGAGAAAGCUUUCAACAUCAUAAAAAAACACAUUCAGAUAAAACAAGGAAUUCUUUUGAAUGUGAUAUAUGUUUUAAAGCAUUUAAAGCACGACAAACUUUGAAAACCCAUAUGAAAACCCAUACUGGUGACAAACCCUAUGAGUGUAAACUUUGUGGUAAAAGGUUUAUUCGUAAUGAUUACUUAGUAGGACACAUGCGAAUACAUACUGGUGAAAAACCUUUUAAGUGUAAAGUUUGCGGUACAGAUUUUAGGCACAGCCAUCAUUUACAAGAACAUUUAAAAACACAUACAAAUGAUAAACCCUAUUCUUGUGAUGUAUGCAGUGCUAAAUUUAAAAACACUGGGACUUUGCAAAUACACAUCAGAAUACACAAUGGUGAAAAACCUUUCAAGUGUGAUGUGUGUGGAAAAGCUUUUAGGCAGAGACCACACUUGAAGGGACAUCUCAGAACUCAUACUGGUGAGAGGCCUUAUAAAUGUGAAAUUUGUGGUAAAUAUUUUGGUAAGACGGAACAUUUGAAAUCACACUUAACAGUACAUAGCGAUGAAAAACCUCAUAAAUGUGAUAUAUGUGGAAAGGAAUAUAAACUUGCACAUCAUUUAAAAGUUCACAAAAGAUCACAUGCUGGUGACUAUUGUUAUAAAUGUGAUUUGUGUGGUAAAGGUUUUUAUCAAAGUGGUAAUUUAAAAUCGCACAUGAAAAUUCAUAGUAGUGAAAAAUGUUAUACAUGUGAUGUGUGUGGUGAAAGUUUUAGGCACAGUCAAUCAUUAAAGUUACACAUAAGAAAACACACUGGUGAUAAAGGUUAUGAAUGUAGUGUGUGUGGUAAGGAGUUCUCUCAGAAUGGAAACCUUAAAGCUCAUAUGAGAGUACACACUGGGGAAGAUCCUUAAAAAGACUUGUAUUGUAUUUAGCAAUGUUUAGUGGAUUAAAAAGUGUACCCUAAUAAUAUGGGCAAGCGCUCUUUUUAGUAUGUAAUGUUCAUAUUUGUAUAUAUAUAUAUAUAUGGUCAUUGUGCAUGCAUUUAAUAUUUAAAAUUGAUAUAUUGCUGCAAUGGAAGAUGAAUACCAUUUUAUUGUAUCAUGUUAUAAUAAAAUAUUAAACUCAUGUCAUGAAACUUUUUUAAGUUGAGGUCAGAUUUAAAAAUGUUUUUAAUAUGCAAUAAUUUAUAACAUAAGAUGAUUUAUAAGAAAUGUAUAGCAAGGUUUUAUAAGAUGUAUAGUAUUAACCAUUUAUUAAACAAUUUUAAUUGUAUGCCUUAUGUUCAUUGAAGUAUAUUUGAAUAGUUAUGUCAAUUAAAAUUACAGUAUAAGGGAGAUGACUUAUAUUUUCUUUAAUGAAGAAAUUAUUUAGCAUGGGAGAUAACUCUUUUCCACACUAAUAAUGCUGUUUUAUGUUUUGUAAGAUG